ACGACGACGACCUAUUGCCAUUCAUACCGGUCGGGCAACACGACGCGUAUCGCACCGCAUCGCGCACACUUGCACGCGCACACCGUGAGGCGAGCACACGUGAUCGGUGAAAUUUUUUUUGUUGAAAAAUUACAAUUUUCGAACGUUACACCCCUCCCCCCGUCGAUAUCGUGCCGAGCGACUCGUUCGAACGUGUAUUUACGCGCGCGUCCUGUCUCAUAACACCAUCUAUAUAUUAUUGUAUUAUUACAGACGUGGUGCUGGUGGGUAUAUAUUGUUUUCGUUUCGGAUAUUUUCUCGACGAUCAAAUUCAAACCGACACGAACCAUGGUUCUGAUCAGUUUCGUCGUACUUGGGUUGUCCUGCAGUUUUGCGUUGGCGGCCCCGUACAACAUACGGAACUUAAACGACGCCGUGUUCUCCAACCCACUAGGGACAAAACAGUGUACAGUUUCAGGAGUGCUUUAUAAUCACAGUCAAAAGAUACUGUUUACCGACCACUGUAAGGCGUGCAUUUGCAUCGACGGGCAGAUAUUUUGCUAUUGGCAAUGCGACGACACAGCCCCUGCAGAUACAAUGGACGAAGAGAUCGACAGCGAACCGCAAUCCACGUCCACGACGACAAACAUAAUUUCGACUACCUUCGAAAUCGAUGCGAGUUCGAAAUCGACAAACUUUGUACCGCACUCGAGCCCCUCGGACGUUUCGCAGACAACCGCCGUGACACCCAACGAAGACGCCGAGCCGUUUUGCCUCGUUAUGGGUGUCAGAUAUAAGCCGGGCAGUGUUUUGCCGAGGGACGCGGGAUCCUGUCUGGAAUGCCAGUGCGGCCAAAACUCGCAGAUCGCGUGCAGCCCGAAGGACUGCAUAACGUUGAAUUCGUUGACCGACGAAGACACUUCCGAACCGGAUUUCUACGGCAAUAGCGGCGGUGAUCAGAACAACGGAAAUUUCAACAUGGACAUGUUUGCCGUCAACGUCGUUUGAUGGAAACCGUAGGUGGAGCGAGAGAGAGAGAGAAAAUUAUUGAUAUUAAAUGAUGCGUUUUUUGCGAUUAAUAUGCGUUUUGUUUUACGAAAAAAGUUAUAAUAAUAUUAUUAUACUACCAUAUAUUAUAAUGCCCGCCAAAACGUCUAUAUAAUAAUAAUGAUUAUAAUAUUAUGCCCUUAUUAUUUACUCAAAACAGUUAUGGUUUUUCGUCUCAGUGUUUUCGAUUUGAGUUUACGCAUACGAAGUAUUAUAGCUAGUAGGUAUAUGGUUUGUUUUUUUUCAUUAUUAUUUCAUUUUUAACAAUGAGUAAUUAACUUUUUCACCUACAGAGUAAUAUAAGUAAGAAAUCCCCGCAAUAAAUAAAAAUAAGAGCUGUGACCGUUUAAAAAUAAAAAUUCCCUCACCUGGACAUAUGAAGACGAGUUCCCCGGCGAAAUUCGUGGUUUCGUCGUUAAUGCUAAUGCCCGAUAACAGAAAUCAAAAUUAAUUUAAAUUUCAUUCGAAAUCUUAAACCCAAUUACCACAAACAGUGCUCGUCUUGCUACUUUUUAUUCAACAAAUUAAUAUAAUAUGAUAUUCUUGUACAUUAAACAUUUAAUAUGAGGUAUCGUAUACGCACUAUUAUUACCUAUUAUAGUAGGUGGUAUAUCACGUGACAGGUACAUUGGAAACUGAAUGUCGGAAAUAAUGAUCUUCUGCAACCUAUAUAUGCCUUGCAGACAUAGGCGCAAAUUGGGGAGGCUUGAGGGCUAAGCCCCCCAAACUUAGCCGUAGUUCCCCCCAAAAACCUAGGACAUACAAUUUUAAAUUGCUAUAUUGCAAUGGUCUGCUUGCCUUUAAUAUAUUCAGCCCCCCCCCCCCCCCCCCCAAAGUCAAAAAUUGGAAUUGCGCCUAUGCUUGCAGAACUCGCAGUUUAUGUAAAAACAAUAAUGUUGUUAAUGGUGUUAUAUUAAUUUUUUUAUUUUUACAUCCAUAAAAAAACGACAAUUUGAAGCCGAUAAAAAAUAUACCAUUUCAAUAUGCGGAGUGUAUGAAAGAAUGACAAAGUCGCCUAGGAUAUCGCGGUAAUCUGGUUCAGACGUAAUAUAAUUAGGUACCUAUAAUUUAUAUUAUGCCGUAGACAUUGUGUGAUAUAAUAAUAAUAACCUGUACAUAAUAAGUAAUGUUCUAAUGUCGUUGUUUCGUUGCCCAUAUCAUAUUGUAUUGAAACUGAAAGAAAGUUUAACAUAUUCAUAGGUUAUAGACGUAUAGUACAAUAGGGAGUUGCAUAAAACAUUAGCGAUUCGGUUUUUUGGAUCAGCCAUUUUUUGGAAUACCUUAUUCAGCUUUGUUUUUCUUAAUUUUAAAAAUUAUACAUAAUGAUCAUCCCGUUAAAUUAUCGAUCUCCCAUUUAACUGUACAUACGUGUGAUGUCCGACUUAUCGAUUAUCCGGCAUUAUAAUAUAUAGCCCUCCGUUCAAUAGUUGUAGUAUAGGUGCCAUAUUAAAUUGUACAUUUUAUCUUGAGCGACCCGAUCUUUCUGUCACCAUACUGUUUUUCAUUACAACACAAUAACUUAUCUCGACCACGUCAACAGACCACAAUAUUAUGAUAAACAAAUUAUAAUAAUGUAAAUGCCUAUAUUAUAGUAGCUACCUACUUAUUGUGUUUAAUAACCCAAAUGUAUGUACAUAUGUUUUUUAUUUUUACAAAAUAUAUUGUAAAUUUUCAUAUACAAACGAUAGUAUCUGACUAUUACAACGAUUAUUAAUUAUGAAUUAAUUAAAUAUUUUAAAGUUUAAACUAUCAAUUAAUAUAUUUUAUAUCGUUUUUUAGUAAGUAUGUAUUAUCUGUGUGUUUCACAAUAUCAUUAUUAUUUUCCAUUUUACAAAUGAACGAAUGAUUUUUUUUAUAUUAUGAUAAGUUAUAAGUAGAAUAACAAUUUUAUUUGUUAUUACUCAUAAGUUAUUUUAGUGUAGGCAUCCUUAUUAACUAUUCAUGAUUAAAUAAGUAAAAUUUUCACUCAGACGAAAGGAUUUCAAGUCCAAAACCACCGUAAAGAAAACUCUAUAUUAAUACAUAACUUCUCUCUUGCAAAAAUACAUUUUUUAUCGUCUGAAUUUAAAUUUUUUAAACUUCUAUGACUCUUUCAUUAAACAUACAUUUGUAUAAUUACCCUUUUUAAAUAUUGUUAAAUAAUUAGAAAUUACUAUUAUUAUAAUUAAUAUUAUCUUAUACUAAAUUAUAAUUUAAGUACCUCAUAUCUGUAGUCAUAAUCGGUAUACUUAGAUUUGUAUACAUACCUAUUAUAAUACAUAUCUACAUUAAGAUAUCAUAGUAUUUCUAAUAAAUAAAAAUGUAAUAGGUAACCUUACUUACCAAAAUUAUGGAAAUAAUAUAAUGUGUGCGUAAUCUGAAUAUUUAUAUUUUAUAUAAUUUACCAAUUAUUAGCAUAGUACAUUGCCGGUUAUUUUAUGUUACAUGUUUUCAAUAAAUAUUAUUAUACAUUAUAAACCUUGCUAUUCACCUCGAUUAUACUACUGUUAUUAAAAUAACGUGGAGACAUCAAUUAUAUUGUCGUCUAAUAAUUUAAUA